AUGCAGAGCCGUACAAAGUGUGACGGCAAAGUACCCGCCUGUUCGCGCUGCGUCGGUGCGGGAGUACAGUGUGUCGGAUUCGACUCGUCUACCCAGCAGGAGGCUCCACGAUCCAUUGCCGAUUUCUUGGAAGCCCACAUUGCCAGGCUGGAGAACGCCAGUGUUCAAUCAAAUUCAGCCUCUUUGGCCCAGCCGGCUGCUGCCAUGCCGUCGCCUGCAGACUCAAAUUUCUCUGACGCAAAGACCACGCAGUGGCGUUCAGACAAAUGUGCUUUUGCUGACAGUCUAGUCAACCAAGUUAUGGAGGACAUCACGCCGUCAUUUCUCGGUGUCUGCAAGGCCCGACCCUUCCUGCAGUGCGUCAUCAAGGGUACCAGGCUACCGUCCAAAAAGGGUCCUGUCCUGUCCAAUGAUCUCAACGAGAACCACCCAAGAUCCAUAUUGAACCCACAGCAAACCAAAGGCCUUUUCUAUGAUCUCAUGCCAGAUGAGGUUGGCGCAAAUAAGCUUUUGCGGAACUAUCUCGAUCGGGUCAUUACGCAGUACCCUAUCUACCAUCGCAACGAUGUGGCCAAAGCCUUCCAAUCUGUCUACCACAAGAGUUCUCCAGCCUCAGACGCAGGCGACGACUCGUUCCGCAACCGCUACAUAGUCUGCAUAAUAAUGGCCAUAUCCCUGACUACGAGUGCACGUAACAAUGUGCGCAAAGCAAACGACCUCGCUUAUCAGCUUGUUCGGCACGCCAUGCAGUGGAUCCCUGAAGUUGCGACCAACGACAUUCCCGGACUGCAAGCCAUUCUGAUCUUGUCUCAGUACAUUUUCUUGAACCCCAAAAUGGCAGACUUGUGGCUUCUGACAGGCCUAAUUAGCCAAGCGGUCAUUGACCUUGGUCUUCAUCAGGAACUACCAAAUGACGCCAAGAUCACUGCUUAUGAACGCGAUAUGCGACGUCGGAUAUUCUGGUGUGCCUGGGAAAUGGAGGUUGGCGUAUGCUGCAUCUUUCUACGGCCUGCAAGUUUGCCUAUCAGACAAAUCGAAGUCGCCUUCCCGUUGGAACUAGACGACACUGCCAUCACUCAAACUAGUAUAUUGCCUAAUGGGCGCAUAUCGAAGUUCACCCAACGCAUCAUUUGCCGGUUCCGCCUGAUUGAAGCAGACAUCAUCUCGGUUUUGUGGCAUGGCGAUCCCUUUUCCAACGAAUUCACGUCCUUGGAGCAGUGGAUUCAGCAAUGUGUCGAGAACAUAACGAAUUGGCAAAAAGAAAUAUACGCCGCAGCAAACGCCAACACAGACCCAAGCCUAAAUGCACGGUGGACUGAGAUGUGCUUAUACUCGGACAUUGCAAGCCCAUAUAUCUUGUCACUAUUGAAUCGCACCUCACGCCGAAUACCCAACCCAAGCAAGGAGCAAAUGAUGAUUGCAUUGGUAAAUGCCGUCAAAGUUGCCGACGGCUACUUUCAACAAUCCGAAGCAGAAGCUGGCAAGAUCAAAUACGUCUUCCAUCCGUGCCAUCAUGUUUUCAAUUGCGCCCUCAUAUUUCUCCAGGGCCUGCAGCGCUGCAAACGCGACAUCGCACGUCAUUAUUCAUGGCAGCAAGUGCAAGAUUGGAUGCACGUCUUUUCAAAAUGCUUCUUAUCAAUCUCUGAACGAUGGGCAGCCGCGAGGAGAUGCUAUGAAGAAUAUGAACGAUUGCUGUUACCAGUAAAAGCCGAGUACCUGGAGUAUCUGGAACAGAAGGCCAGUCUUCAUCCACCAUCAUUUCACAAGGCUAGAUCGGAUACGAGCAGUGUGGGCGAAUACCAGAUACCGCCUUCUGGGCUUACUGAAGUUGACGAGGCUUAUCAGUUUUGGACCAUUUUCAAUCCUACGACAUCGAAGGUCGAUGGUACGGAUCCGGUUGGGACUUAUCCGUAUAUCAACCUUCCACCCCAGGACUGGAAUGCAGAGUUUUCUUUGAAUGUGAACGACAAUGCGGAUAUGAUAUUGGAGGCAUCAUGA